AUGUCCAAGACACUUUACAUUUUGUACGAUGCCCCGACCGGCUACGCCGUCUACAAGAUGCUCACAACAGAGGAGGUCGGUGCCGGCGAUGUGGCGCUGCAGAAGGAUCUGCAGACGUUUGCCACCUUCUCCCCCUGGGUAAAGCUCAUGUCGUUCGCCCCCUUCCAGUCACCGGAGAACGCCCUAGAGGAUGCCAUCUGCAUCAGUGAGUCCCUUGUUAGCCCCUUCCUGAGCAACUUUCUCACCUCCGUUCUUGCGAAGAAGGCGAAGAAGGGUGAGGCAAACUGGGAGCUGGGGGUGUGCGACGCCAAACUCGGCAGCGCCAUCCACGACGAUCUCAAGUUCCCUGUUGUGUGCAACGAGAAUGUGGUGGAGCUCAGCCGCUGCCUCCGCAUGCACGCGGAGAAGCUGCUGCCGGAGCACAAGGAGGGUGACAUUGUUCGUGCGCAGUGCGGUCUCGGCCACGCUUUCUCGCGUAACAAGGUCAAGUUUAACGUGCACCGCAGCGACAACAUGAUCAUUCAGUCCUCUGCCCUUGCGGAGCACAUGGACAAGGGGGUGAAUCUCCUCGGAAUGCGUGUCAAGGAGUGGUAUGGUUGGCACUUCCCAGAGCUUGCGAAGGAGGUGCCGGAGCCGCUCAAGUACGCCAAGGUUGCGCUGCUCAUUGGUAGCCGCAGCACGCUGGAGGAGCGUGACAGCGAGGAGGUGACGCAGCAGAUUGCAGACAUCCUCGACGGCGACGAGUCCCUCGCGGCCCGCGUCUACGAAAAGGCUGUGACCUCCAUGGGCGGCGAUAUGGCAGAGGUGGAUUGGUUGAACAUCCGUGCUUUUAUGGAGCGGGUGGCUUCGCUUGGCGCCUACCGAGAGUCGCUGCAGCAGUACCUUGUCGACAAGAUGAUGCUGGUGGCGCCAAACCUGACGGAGCUGAUGGGGCAGAACAUCGGGGCGAAGCUCAUUUCAAAGGCGGGCUCGCUAACAAACCUCGCCAAGGCGCCCGCUAGCACCAUUCAAAUUCUUGGCGCCGAAAAGGCGCUCUUUCGCGCUCUCAAGAAGCGAAAAGGCAACACCCCAAAGUACGGGCUCAUCUUCCACUCGACGUUUAUUCAGCGCGCGGCGAAGGAGCACCGCGGGAAGAUCUCACGCUACCUCGCCAACAAGGCCGCACUAGCCUGCCGCAUUGACUGUUUCAUGGACACCCCGCCGGCCGUCUUUGGCGAGAAGCUGCGUGAGCAGGUGGAGGCGCGGCUGAACUUCUUCGACACGGGCAACAAGCCGCCGUCGAACAUGGCUGCCAUGGCGGAGGCACUCGAACAGUACCAGAAGAUCCUCCGCAAACGGUCCAAACGGCAACGCGAGGCGAAUGCCGCGGCGGAAAGCAACAAGGAGGACGCGGUGGCGGAGGAGGCGCCAAGGAAAAAGCGCGCGCGUCGCGAGGUGGUGCAGGAGUCGGGUUAA